CCCGGGGACCGCCUCGCGUCCCGCCGCCGCUCCGCGGCUGCCACGUCAGCGCAGCGUCCGUCGGUCCGUCCGCAGCCGAGCGGCAGGAUGGGGAAGGUGGCGGCGGCUCUCGGCGCCGAGCUGGGCGUGCGGCUCGCCCUGUUCGCGGCCUUCCUGGUAACGGAGCUCCUCCCUCCUUUCCAGAGGCGGAUCCAGCCGGAGGAGAUGUGGCUUUACCGGAAUCCGUUUGUGGAAGCGGAGUAUUUCCCCACCAAGCCCAUGUUUGUCAUUGCAUUUCUCUCCCCGCUGUCUCUGAUCCUCCUGGCCAGAUGUCUCAAGAAGGCAGGCCCUACAGACAGCAGGCAGGCCUGCCUGGCUGCCAGCCUCGCCCUGGCCCUGAGCGGGGUCUUUACCAACACAGUAAAACUGAUCGUGGGCAGGCCACGCCCAGACUUCUUCUACCGCUGCUUCCCUGAUGGGCAAGCCCAUUCUGACUUGACGUGCACCGGGGAGAAGGACGUGGUGAACGAGGGGCGCAAGAGCUUCCCCAGUGGACAUUCCUCCUUUGCAUUUGCUGGUCUGGCCUUCGCUUCCUUCUACCUGGCUGGCAAGUUACAUUGCUUUACCCCACAAGGCCGUGGCAAGUCUUGGAGGCUCUGUGCUGUUCUGUUGCCUCUCCUCCUUGCAUCUGUGAUUGCGCUGUCCCGCACCUGUGACUAUAAGCAUCACUGGCAAGAUGUACUAGUUGGAUCCAUGAUUGGCCUGACAUUUGCCUACGUCUGCUACAGGCAGUAUUAUCCUCCUCUGACGGAUGCAGAAUGCCAUAAACCAUUUCAGGACACACUUGUACUUCCCACUAUACAGAAGCCUGCUGAUCCGCAUCAUUUUAGUAUUUAGAAAUUAGUACUACCUCAAUUGAGUUACGUGAAUCAGCCCCUCUUAACUGCCCAAGACAAGAAUGUCUGACUUUUUUACUCUGAAGAAAUACAAGCAAGGACAUAAGCACUUCAUCUGUCUCCAUAUAUUAAUGCAGUUUUGCUCACAUGCAUUUAUCAUGAGUCAAGGUUCAAGGUUCUUUUUCAUGACUCUCUGCCUCACAUUCUGAUAAAAAGAUCUUCUGUAGAGUCCAUUGGAUUGGUAUCCUAAUAUCUACAGUGUUUUACACUUAAAUGCCAUUCUUGGAAGGGUCUUUGUUCACAAAGAAGCCUUUACAUAUCCUAGGACCUAGAGUUAAAUUUCCAUUUUCCAUAGCUCAAAAUCUUAAAACCCAGGACAUGACGAACUCAAUUAUUUUGGCUCUGUUUACUUUCUCUGGUGAUAAUUCCAUGAAAACUUAAAUAGGAAAAUGUCCAGUUCUGGCUUUUUUUUUUUUUUUUUUACUUUACACAUGUAUCUUAUAUUGCUGUCCAUUUUGAAUACUGUGGGCAUAAAUUAUUUAUUGAAUUACUAAAUAAUUUAUUUAUUUUUUAAAAUUUCUUUAAAUGGUAAAACAAACGAGGUGGAAAUCACCAGUUGCUAGUAUUGAAACCACACUCCUGACCUGUGUUCACGAGCUUCUUUCCCUCCAUGCAGGACUGAAGAUCUGCCCAAAUGCAUCAACUCUGAGAAAUGGCAUUACAGAUGUCACUACCCGGAAGACAAAUGAACUUUUCCUGUCCCUUCUUCCUAAUGGGAUAUAAGGGACAAUUACAGGACGUUAUCAGAACCGAUGCUAUAGGACCUACAACUGCCCUUCUCUUUGCGAUUAUACUUUAAAUAUGACCUUGUCUUACAUGCUU